GCGGCAGCUCCUCUGGUUCCACCAUGUCGGCGGGCGGAGACUUCGGGAAUCCGCUGAGGAAAUUCAAGCUGGUGUUCCUGGGGGAGCAAAGCGGUGAGUGCGUGGCUCCCCCACCCCUGGCAGCUGGCCGCAGCGUCCCCGCACCGACCCCGGUGCAGCCCUUCCGUCCGCGGAGGCUCCCUGCUCGCCUCGCGCCGCGCUCGUUGCCACCUCAGCCCUACCCGAUGUGCCCGCCGGUGCCACCGGCCUUCUGCCUGGAUCCGUCCGUCGAGUUUUUACCCUCUUCCCCGGGCUCUUCGAUCCUUGACUCGCCGUCUCUGUUCUCCGCAGCCCGGCCAUCUCCGGUCGAUCUGCCCUCCCUCUCCAGCCCUCACCCCGCCCAGCCUCUUGUCCAUCCCUUUCUUCCUCCGGUCUCCGUCGUCUCCCCUACCCCGGCCUUCUUUCUUGAGCCCCACCCUUAUUCUUUGCCCUUUUCCCAGUUCCUCGGCUCUGUGAGGCCCACUCAGGGAAGCUCCACUCCUGAGAGCGGGCCCUCUUCAACCUUGGCCAAGGAGGGUGGGAUCUGGGCGUUGUUUUCCCCAGAGGCUUGCCCCUGAGAAGUGCUGAUGUGGAAGGUGG